UCGGCGGUUUUGUAAAAUCAUGCAGUCUGUGGGCGAUAUCUGUCCUAGGAACAUUCGUAGUCAUCUGUUUAUGAAAGAUGAGUAGCGAUGAAACUGAAUUACGUCCAACGAUGGUGAUGAUGAUAAGUAAACAACGUGAAUGAUAUCAAAUCUGCGAUCAUAUCUGUCACAAUGUCACAUCUUUAAAUACAUUGUAUCUUUCAGAACGUCUACAAUGAAACUGCAUCCUGACGUUCAUCUCAGGUUAUAUAAGGUGGGCACUCAAUACAAAAAGGAUAAUUGUAACGUAAACAGAGACAUUUCCGAAGUCCACUGCCAGACAGACUACAACACUAAGAUUGGUCACUACAACACGUGUGCUGUGGUUGGCAAUAGCGGUGUGCUUCUGGGAAGUCGUUGUGGUGCUGAGAUUGAUUCCAAGGAUUACGUCAUAAGAAUCGAUAUACCCGUAGUCAGGGGAUAUGAAAAAGACGUUGGCCGACGAACCAGUAUGACGGUACUCAACCUCAGUACACCGAAACGGUUACAGAGCUCUGCACGUUUGAAAAAUAGAACCCAGGAUGUGUACGAGAGCCGCCUGAGGAACAUCGGUGGCACUGCCCUGGUGAUGGAUAAAAAGUCAAGACGCAGAAUGAUGAGUUUGGCAAAGAAGUAUCAUCUCCCAUUUUCCUUAUACACUGUCAAAGGAAGCUUAAGACGGGGGAUCAAUCCACUUGCGUCCAAGUUAGCGAAAAGAAAAAUGGUCGGGAAUCCUACCACAGGACUGGUGACCGUUCUGAUGAUGACAACGUUCUGUGACCACCCUUACUUGUACGGCUUCUUCCCUUUCCAAAAAGAUGCGAAGAAUAGACCAAUCCCCUAUCACUACUACCCGGGAGACUACAUCAAACCUAUCAAACAGAACGACGGUGGUCAUCAUCACAUGAAGCGAGAAUAUGACUUCUUUCGGAAGCUACAUAAGCAGGGCGUGCUGAAGAUGCAUGUCGGUUCAUGCGAGGAAAAGUAAAGACGUUUAUAACACAAUGCUUUGGCUACCUUAAUUUUGUACAUAAGUGUAUGUGAUUCAUGCAUGCUAAUCUAAUAUCAUGACUAACAGUUGAAUUUACGUAACAAACUUUCGUCGCUUCGUUUUCUUUUAAGAAUUUAAAACCGCUUAAUGAUUAGAUGAUGGAAUUUUUUACUUGUAACAUGUGUAAGCUAAUCAAUGAUGAACAUCAAUAUGCAUAUAUUAUGUAAAUAUUUAAGUUAUUUGGAUAGCAUCGAUAGCUUAAAAGAGAUCUACGAAAGCUUUAAAUAUUUCACGGAGGUAUGAGGUUGCCGAACUCUAUGAACACUAUACACUUGAACAGUUGC